CGACCCCAUUGACAAACAUAGCGAAACUGCAGCUUUCUUCAAAACCAAAAACCAUGAUCCGUCUUCCCUGCGUCCCCUGAGUCUUCCGGAUCAGCACCAUACUGUCAUUGCUGCAGCAGCCGCAGAAGAGGGAGGAGGAGAAGGUGGUGGUGGGUGGUCAUGACCAGCGGUCAUGGUGGGUGUGCGAGGAUGUCGGUGAAUAGGAUGAGAGGAAGCAGCAGAUGAUGUUAUGCAGGCUUGCAAGCUCAAUCUUCCGGGAACCCACCCUUCUCUGGUGGUUUCUUCCAUUCUAUUCGAACCCAGCUCUCGCUCUCUUGCUCUCAUGCACUCAGACUCCUCAAUUCUCCUCUACCCACCUUCCCCUUUCCCCUCUCCCUCCCCUUUCCCCUCCUUCCGUAACCCUAUUUCCAUUCCGCCACGCUGUUCCUCCGCUUCGUUCCUCCGGCUCGAGGACCGAUCGGGCGGCGCCAGGGGAGAUGAUGGUGGCAGAGUGCUCUUCCUCGCUGUGAUGCCGGAGAAGGUGGGCGGUCUGAGGACGAUUAUCAGAGCGUGGGUCCUCCGGAAGGCGGACGGAGUCUUCGUACGCGCGGGCCUCAGAUUGAAGCGCAAGGAUGGGGAGGGACCGGUUGCAAAGAACGGGGAUCCUGGGGUGGCUCUCGAUCUUGCUCAUGGGUUUUCCGUGAGGAUCGCGGGAUCAGUCAAUGUCUUCGCGUUGCACUCGUUGUCCGACAAGAAGAUCUGGGUGAUGGGCGCGAGGGUAGGGGAUGUGGGGGCUAAGGAUGGUGAUGGAGAAGCGGCUUUCGUUGUAGAUUUGGUGAAGUGUGCGGUUAUUGACUGCGUUUUGCCGAUUUAUACAAUGCGGGUUUUCAUGGGGCAUCUGAUUUUGGGAGAGGACAAUGGGGUUAGGGUUUUCCCGUUGAAAGGUCUUGUGAAAGGUAAGAGAAAAGAAGUGAAAAAUGAAUGUUGUACCAAUUUGAGGUCUGAUAGUUGUCAAGGGAAUUGCGAAAAAAUCGAUGAGGCAGUUGUGGAGGUUGAAGGUGGUGAUGAUUCUAUUCAGGUGGAUCUCGGGAAUAACAUUAAAAAGGGCAGUUUUUCGAAGAGCGACCAUGGAAUUGGUAUUGAAGUUCAUGGGAAUGGUGGCAUACACGAAAACGGCUCCAAUCGUAAGGGAGAACAGUGCAAACUCCAUUCUGAGACAAACGAUUUCUCCAACUUUGAAAAUGGUGGUUUGUGCUUUGGAAAGUUUUCCCGAAAUGGAAUAAUAAGGCAGAUGGACACAAGCAGCGUCAAAUUGUCUUUUGGCUCUUUGGUUUUGCAUGAAAAUGGCAGUCAACUGAAGUCAAAUGAGCUUGUUCACCGUGGUCAUUCGAAUUCAGUGGAUGAAAAUGAGAUUGAAAAACCGUCUAGUAAACGUACGAUAGCUGAUACUAAGGAUAUGAGUGGACAGCUUCCGCGACGCACAUCGCAGGCAUUAGGAAUGCCUUCAGUUGAUGUAAGGGAGAUGAUACAUGUGAAGUCUGAGGCAAAUAAUAACAUGGUUCAAUUUCGGACAAUCAAGUUGAGACAGGACUCAUGUGGAUUUGGCGCAUUUUUUGCAGCCUUCAAAAAUUCCAACUGUAAAGCAGUUGCAAUCCAUUCCUUGUCCCAGAGAAUAUUUUUAGUUUUGGAUUCAGCUGGCAUUAUCCACUUGUUGUGUCUUUCCCGUACCACUCAAGGCUCAUCAUCUGGACGAGCAUCCGUUGCUUUGAGAAACAUGUGCACAACUCCUUUAAGUUGUCCUGUAAAAGUUCAGAUGCUAGGAGUCAUUCAUGAUGCACCAAAGACAUCAACAAUUUGGGUAGCAGACGGAUUUCAUUCAGUGUAUCUGAUGAACUUACCUGAUAUAAGUGUUCCUGCUGAUAAGAUUGAGAAUGCACAAUGGAGUGACAAAUCAUUGCAUUUGUCAGCAUGUCAAGCAAUCUUCUCAAGUGAAAAGAUCCAGGAAAUUGUCCCCUUUGCUGGAAAUUCAUUAUUUGUUCUUGGACAAGAGCAUAUUUUUGCUUAUUCUGUUCCUUGGAGCUGAUGCACUUUAAUUUGCCUGUGGUGGUAAGCAAAGUUUCAAGUGGAGCAUUACAUGAGACUAUUUCAAUUCCUAGCCAGUAGCCACUGUGUUGGCUUCAGUUCAAGAUUAGGCGUGGCAGGCUGAGUUUAGUAUUAUUUGGUCAAGCAUCGUAUCUCUACAACUGCUAUUUGAAGUCUGUAUGCUGCAAAAUUGCAGCUUUAGACUUCAAGAUUGUCAUGGAACGUAGAAAAGAUAUUUGCGUACACAGUCUAUAGCAACCUUGGGUCUUGGCAUAGCAAUUCUUGACAUCCAGAUUCUAUGAAAGGGAAAAUGCUUGUGGACUUCACCAUCGGAUGAUGCAUUAUGAGAAAAUUGCAUUUGUGGAUUGGCUCGUGCUCCACACGGAAGUAGGAUUUGGACUAGGGAGACCAAUUCCAUUGGUUGGUGCAUAGAGGCAAUCUGAAAAUCUAGUUCCUGUGAGGGAGAUCCGUAUACUUUGUAGGCCUCUUCAUACCUCCACAGAUCUGAUUUGUUUAGACAGAAGGAGUGCAAAGAGAAUGAAUAAAGACUGACCAAGUAUUCCACAUUUGCAAACAGUAACUGUUGUGUAUUUGUGCAUUUUCAUAUCUCAUUAUCAUAAAAAUUUGUCUGUAACGCAGUAAUAUUUUUUUGUAUCAAUAUACCCUUUAGUGUUUCAGUUAUUAACCUUGUGAUUUGACGAAGUUGUGAAAGCCCAUAAAAGCAUCUUUAAUUGAAUAAUGAAUUGGUAGAUCUCGUUAGCAGCUUGAUUUACCUUAUUAUUUCAAUGAUUUGCUGAUAUUUGUUGUUAAAGCAGGAUGGUGAGUGUCAAGAAUUGCAACUUCUGUAGUUUCCAAUUAUUUUUCUGGUCAUGCUUCUGAGAACAGUUCAAUGAUCCAAGUUAGUCUAGGUGCUCUUUUUCUAUUUUAACUACAUCUCUGCUCAUAAUGCCUCCUUAUGUGCUGUG